AUGCGCACGGUCUACCGUAAUGGUGGGGGAAAGGCGCGAGCGAGCAGUCAACCGUCCGACCGAACGACCCACCCUCUAUCUCUCCCAGUUCAUCCAUCAAGGUGCCUCCAGCGCCGCUUCAUCUCGGCCGCAUUCGCAUCUGGCUCCCAGAUCUGCCGGAACAAUUGGUCGUCGGGUCGCGGCAGCAGGUCGACUCGCUCCGGUGCAAGUGGGUGCGUCCUCAAGGCUCGACACAGUUCACGUCGGCAGCCGCUGACCAACCGCACUCUUGGGACUCUGCUCUGCUCUCGGAUCGAGCGUGGGCGGCGUGAUUGGCUGGGCGGGGCUGUGCCGUGGGGAGGGCUGCACUGUCGAGGACCCAUACGGGCGUCAUCGCUGAGGCGUGGGCGGAAGAAGGGCAAUUUCUCUGCAGCGUGA